GCGUUGACUUGGUGUUUUCUGUUAUGUUGCGCUCUGGAUGUCUUCACUUCAGGUGGUUCCAUUCGCUGUGUGUCUACCGCAAUUGGCUUUCAUUUCGCUGCACUUUUCCUAUUCUGCAUGUCAAGCCUCAGAUGGCGGAAUCUUUACCAAUCUCGUUUGUUCAACGACGGUUUUUCGGUAUGGACGAGGUACUUUUGCAGUUAGGGAAACGGGCUCUUGAUAAAACUGUCGACAUAGCUUUUGACAAAUCUGUUGACAAAGUCCCUAAACUGGUGGGAUCGUUUUCUAGAAAGUCGAAACCUGCAAUAUCUACUCAUGCCCUUCUUCCUGUAAUUCCAUCUCCUUUCAUUAAACGUCCAGAUGCCAUGAAUUGUAUCAAUAGAUUUUAUGAAGAAUCGGUGGAAGAACAGAAGACCUCAAAAAGGUCUUAUCCUGUGAUCACAUCUUUGACUGGCCCGCCAGGCUGUGGAAAAUCUCUGUUGGCUAACGGAUUUGCACGUGUGUAUGGAAAGUCCUUUGAUAUAGUAGGCUGGAUUGAUGCUUUCGACGAAGUCACAACCAUCAGGACUCUCCGAGAUAUUGCUCGACAACUAAAUAAAGAAGACUUGGAACGUGUGGACUUCAAGCAUUCUGGCAAGGGCAUUGACAACACAAGGCGGGAUAAACUUCUAGACUUGGGGGCAUUUCUUCGACGUGAACUAGCUCAGAAACGCAACUGGCUUCUGAUCAUAGAUGAUCUUACCUCAGCAGCUUCUCUAGAGGAUUGUCUUCCUAUUAUGGGUGGAGACUCUAAUUCUGCUUGGGGUUCAGGUUUGGUACUGGUCACAAGUAGGGACAACCUCUUACCUGAACGCGAUUCUACAGUUGUCAGAAAUUUUGACAUGAGUGAAACGUUUAAAAUGAGUGACAUAGAGGUUGUGGAAAUGCUGGAGAAACUAAGUGGCAUAGAGAAUAUGCAAAAGGAAGCAAUUUUGCUUGCAAACAAACUUUGUAGGCUUCCUUUGUCUCUUGCAAGUGCUGGAUUUUACAUACGUGACGCACGAAACAGUAAAGUUGACUAUGGAUUUAAUCACUACAUUGAUGAUUAUGACAAAGAAAUCAAGUAUGUGACAACACAUGUACCAAGUUCCAAUUAUACAGUCAACAUGCAAUUCCAGCAAUUUGUCGGACAUCGUCGGUAUGGACAAGAGUAUGAAAAACUAUUGAUGCUGUUAGCAUGUACCAACAACUGGAAGAAUUCUAUUCCGUUAUCUAUUGUUGCACAGGUCCUUGGACGUCAUCCCAGGACUCUAAGAGUUUCAUAUAUGAGAGAGAAUAGACUGAUUGAGGAGUGCUCUUUGCUACAAAGAGAAAAUUCUUCUCAACAUGACAGCAGCCUUAAAGUAACAGAGGGAUAUAAGGGAGAGAUCACUGAUGACAAUGUGGUCAGUGUGCGAUUGUAUCAUCAGCUUGCACACGCAGCGGCUAAGGAAGAAUUUGGCUUGAAAGAACAAUCGGAGGACACAGUAGACCCAAAGUUGCACAAACGUUUGUGUCAAACUGUUGCUGACACUAUCAGUGCAUUGAACAAUGGAUAUCUAGACUCUUUCCAAUUUGAAUCUGCUUCAGCUUUGGCAACAAAGCGCUUAAUGGUACCGCUAAUUGAAGCAUUUUUACAGGUUGCUGAUCAACUGAAGGUUGAUCUACACUUGCUUGAUAAAGCCUUGGCUUAUGGGACACUAGGAGAUGGUCUCUCUACAUUCAGAGAUCCGGAUCAGGGCAAAGACCUGUUAGAAAAAGCUAACUCAUUGCUAGAUGAGGAAGUCUUGAAAGGUACCAUUGAAUUGAAUGCAGUGAGGCUAAGAACUUUGUUAGGAGUUGCUUACAGGCGUUUGGGAAAGGCAGAAGAAUGUAUUCAUGAACUGGGAAGAGCUAUUAACAUGCUGAAAGAUUCUCGUCAGUCACUCGAUGAUUUGGACAGUCAACUUCUUUAUGGUGAUACUCAUUUUAACUUGGGUGUGGCUCACGCUGAUCUUGGCGAGUAUAAGCGUGCACAAGAGCUGUUGGAGAAAGCACUCAACACAUUUGAGAAGGCACUAAAACUAACUAGACAAGAGCAGGAACAGAUAAAUGAGCUUGACAGUGCAAUCAACAGCAAGAUCGCUCGAUGCUUAAGCAAGAUUGGAAUGACGAAACGUAAGCAAGUUUUAGAUGAUCUUGGAAGAAAUGAUUUUGAGAGGGCUUUGGAAAUACAAAGGAGUUUGCAGUCUCCUGACAUUGCAUUUACGUAUGGUAAUUUUGCAAUUAUGUAUCAAGAUGCAGGUACUGCUGAAGAUUUACAAACUAGUGAGGAAUAUAUGGAGCUGGCACUUGAAGAAGAAAGAAAGCACUAUGGUGACAUGCACAUGUCAGUUGCCAUAACCAAAUCUCUUUUGAGUGUGACACUGAGACGUCAAGGCAACAUGAAGGAAGCUCUAGAAUUUGCUGAGGAAGCUUAUGAUAUAAGUCAAUGUGUUUAUGGUCACGUUAAAGAUUUUCAUCCUGGUGUUGCGAAGUGCUUAUCAGCUGUUGCUUUGACAAAACGAGAUCUUGGACAGCUUGAUCAGGCACAAGCCAUGUUUCUUGAAUCUUGGAAGAUCAAUGAACAUAUCUAUGGUUCUCUGCACCACAAAGUUGUCACUCAAAUGAAUUCUCUUGCUUCAGUGUACCGACAUAUGGGUUUGCCCAAGAAAGCUGAGAAACUAUUACUAGAGACUUUGAAACUAUCUGAAGAAAUACAAAGCAAAGAACAGAAAGCAAGAAGCCACCGCAUCUUGGGGCAUGUCUAUGAAAUGCUUGACCAACAGUGUGAAGCAGGUAAACACUGGAAGUGUGCACUUGACAUUUAUCAGACCUUUCAGGAGAAAUUGAGAGGUUUCACUCGUACAUCUCAGGCUUAUAUUUGUCGAGCACAUCUGGCGUACCUCAGUACGGAUCUUAACAACUGUUACAGUGCAGAGCAAACUUUCCAAGCAUUGCUUGAACCUUAUGGCGAAAGUGGUGGCAGAACUUCUAAUGCUGAAAUGGCUCAUGUACGUUACAUGUUUGGAAAACUAAAAUUACACUCCAAGCAGUAUGAAAACGCUAUUAAAAUAUUCGGGCAGGUGAUUAAAGAGCAGGAAAACUUACUAGGUGAGGAACAUCCUCGUCUUGUGGUGACUCUAACUGCUCUUUCAGCAGCACAAGUGGGUUUGUAUCAAGAGAAAGGUGAUUCACAGAAUCUUGAUUUGGCAGAUCAAUACCUAAACAAAGCUGAGAAUAUUGUUCAACAAUCAUUUCAAGAUAGGUUAUUAGCCGCUAGGGUUCAUUCUAACAAAGGACACGUGCUGUGUCAUCGCUACAAAAUGAACAAUUCAAAGGGAAAAGAAGCAGUAAUGGCCAUUGCUGAGUUUGACAAAGCUUUGGAAAUCUGUGAGAAGUUUCUUUCAAGAGAUAGCCGCAGGUAUGCUCAGAGUCUGGUUGGUAAAGCCAGAGCUACAUAUUCUAUUGAGAAGAACCAUGCAAUGAGGCAUGCUCAAGAAGCCAGAGACAUUUUUAAACAAAUAAGGUCUAGAAUGAUGGUCACUGAAGAUGAUGCACCACGAAAAUUAUCUAUAGACAGUGAUUUGGAGGAAUUAGACAGGCUGAUUUCCGACAUCAGCUGUUUAAUCAGGGUUCAUUGAUAUCAAUGUGUUGAUCCUUCUGAUUAUUGAAAGUCUCACAAGCAACAUUUAUAGUAGGUUGUGAUUAUAGGUAAGAUUUAAUUAAGCGACACAAGCCUACUGCUUUUCAUUUGUAGCAUGUCUAACGAAUAUUUCUUAUUUUAGCGUACUAAUAAUAUGGUAGCUACUACUUAUUAGUAUAUGUACUGGGACAUUGAUUGCUGUUGUUGCUUUGUUAAUUAAAUGUUAAUCUUUGUUUGAAAAUAGUGUGUUGAGCACAUUUUAUAUUAAUUAAUGUCUUGAUUAGCUAGCAGUAGUAUUUGUCAUUUACAAUCAGUUGUUUCUUGUCUAGGUUCUUGAGCAUGCAUGCAAAUCAUUUUUAUACACAUACUAGUUCACCAUCCCGU